AUGCGGUUUAUGGAGGGCAUGAUCCAGCUGGUGACCAAAAGCUUGGGACUAGACACUCGUCCCGCGAAGGGGUCCGACAUCGUUGUCGGGCAAGAGUGCGAUGCCACCAACAGGUUUCUCCAGCUGCUCGCUCUAGCCGCACGUCUUCACCAAAACUGCGAGAAGCAGCGCGGGCAGCAGCAUCGUGGCAUCGAUCACACCAACGACGACUCGCGGUGGCAGCCAAGUCGGGCCAAGCAGCGGACUAAAGAAGCAGCAGCGGCUGUGGUCGUCGCCACGAGUUUUGAUGGAUUUUCAUGGGAGGAAGCGACCUUUGUAGCGUUCGAAGAGGAUGGAGAUGAAACCGGCCAUAUCGAUAACGGUAUCGUCAAAGACUCUCUUCCCACUCUCACGCUGAGAGUCGCCCGGGCAGCAGCGGUGAGAUGUCGCCACCUCCGGCUGUCGUGGCCCGCCAAACCAACCAGCAGCAGCGACGGCGGCAACGACAAUGACGCCGAUACCACCAACAUCCCUACCUCGCCCGACCAAGCCAGCGACACAGCAGCAAGCAUCACCCACGCCGCGCCAGCUUUCGACCCUGGUGCAUCCGCUCCUGAUCAUGUCCGGGGCAGUUACCGUUCCGAUGCUGGACAGCUGUUUUUGGGGGCAAAGGCGUUUCGAGUUAGGAUUGUUGGGGAGGGGGUGGAUGGUGGGACCGCCGCCAGGCGUGUUGGGAACGGGCGCGGGAGGGUCCUUGGUGAAGAGGUGGAUGGGGAGGGAGGGGGGUACAGGUUUGCUGGCCGGGUGAAGGGCAGCCGCGAGGGUGAGGAGGAGAACAACCCAACUCAAGACGCCACGAGCAUAGCAGGUGACGAAACUCAAAAAAAACUAGAGGGGAGCGAGGAGAGGUACCUGUUCAUCCCCGUCUGGAAAGUUGAGUGUUUCGGCCCCAAGAGAAACUUUAAAACCUCAAUCCCCGUGCCACCAGAAGCGCAAGAGCAAGCGGCCAUGGGCUCGCUCUUGGAGGCAAUGCGCACGGCGGUGGACCGCCUACUUCGGCAGUCUCUGGAGUGGGGGCGGAUCGAGGCGGCCAAUCAGGACAGGAGAACGGCGAUGCGGACCAACAAGAUGGAGUCUUUGGAGAAACGCCUCAAGGCUUCUAAUGACGCCAAGUCGCGCCUGGCGAAGGACAAGAAAUCGAUAACACUCAAGGCGACCCGGACAGAAGAGGAAAACCUGAGGCUCCAGGAACAAGUGCUGAGACUGAGGGCGGACGUCGGCCGAGAGCGAGUGGAGAACGCCUCACUCGCCAAAGGCCUGGCGCAGGCUGAAACAAGGGUGGAAGAAGAAAAGGCACGAUUGAGAGAGCUAGAAGAUCUCAAACGACACCUCGACAGCGAGACCGAGGACCUCCAAAAUCAGGUUGAGGUCUUGACCGAAGAGAGGGAUGUGGCCCGGUCCCACGAGGAAGAGCUUUUCGCAAAGCUGACAGAGCGAACGGAAGACCUGGAGGCCCUGCAGGAGAGCUACGUCUCCCUCACCGACCGGUGGAACGACUUCCAGGACGAGCACGACGAGGUGCUGGAGCAGCUCGAGAGCUUUAGGGCCACCUUCAAGCUUGCCAACAACAGCAGCAGCAGCAGCAGCAGCAGCAGCACGCCUCCUCCUUGUCCCGACACCACGGAACACGUCGUGGAAGCGGCAGCACCGCAAGUAUCAUCAACCCCGCGAACCUCCAAAGCGGUAUGCAUUGAUGGGAAUAGCGCUGACAACAGCAUCAGCAGCAGCGACCGGAGAAAAAACGGCGAAGACGACAACGACUACAGCCGCCAACAGCAGCUCGGGACAGGAGGAUCUCCAGAAGGGCUCACCACCAUUCAAUCAAUCUCCGAGCCGGAAGGCGGAGGCCGGAGCAGCCACGCUCCUCCCCAACCAGCGAGCGGUCGGAGCGCCGUGGGGUGCAUCGGCACCAACAGCAGCACCGUGUCUCCGCGCGAGGAGCUGAAGCUACGUCUCGGCGGCGUGGGCGACAGCAGAAGUAGCCGUAGUGACGACGCUGACGCGCCGUCGAAAGGGGGGAGCGGUCGAAGCCCUCGCCGAUCUUCCCCCCGUGGGCCGCCGUCCUUCGAUUCAGCUGUUCCGUCUCCCCAUCAAAGUUCCAGCCCUCGGAUGUCGGGGUUGGCAUGUGAUGCUGAGCGAGGGACCGCUGGGGAAACUCAGGAGGCAUCCGGGCUAAGAAGGAGGUGGAGCACCGAAGACUGUGCUCGUUAUCGCGGCGGUUUGCAACAACGCGGGGAUGCCGAAAGCGGCUGCGGAACGAGCGGUGGUAGGUCACCCGCGACAGUUGGUGGCGGCGGUGCAUAUGAUGGCGGCCGCAUCGACUUAGAGGAGAAAGUUCCGGGCCGCGGCGAUAAUUGCGGUAGCAGUGAUGGAGAAAACGAAGUCAGGUCGCGGCGGGGCGACCCUAGUGGGAAAUCGGUAUCCGCCACCGCUUCCGCUUGCACGGCGGGACGGAACCCCGGUAUUCUCCAGGCGGGUGAUUCAGGGGGCUACUACGAAGACGACUUCGACGAAUUUGUGGAAGAGGGGUCCGAGGAAAGUGUGCAACAGACUGGCCAGACGCGGCCCCUGAGCGCCGUGGGACAUCAGAAAGAAGAGGUGUGUCCUUCGCGCGGCGCCUGUAGUGAGAGGCAGGAGCGAAACGUGAACGGUGGUGGCGGCAACCAGCCACCGGCUGAGAUCGUGUAUCGCCCACCAUCCAGCGGAAGCAGGGGAAAAGGGGAGAGACCCAAAUCUGCCGCGAGACAGGGGAGGUCGGCGAGCUUGAACGGAGCAUAG